AUGGCACCAGACCCAGAUGCCAUCGCCCGCUGCGUCCUCGACACCUUUGACAGCCUGCCCGACAAAAGAAAACCCCGACCCCGAAGCCAUGGCGCACGAGAAUGGGUCCCGCUUGCUGGAAUCGUCUUAUCUAAAGGUAAUCGCUCACUGGCAUGUCUACGCCGCUAUACUUGCUUAUGCCCAUGA